GCCGCCGGAUGCCGGCCUGGGUGCAGCACAGGGCGGAGGGCUCUCCUGGACCGGGAAAACUGCAGUUCCCGGCAUGCUCUGCCACGGGUGCGCCUGCGUAUGGGAGCUACUGCCCCUAGGAGCGGGUUGGUUUAAAACGCUCUCUUAGUUCCAUGGAAACCCGGUAGCCUGCCUCAGUACGGAACCUCAGGCGCACGGAUGGACUGUGGGGUGAGGCUGCCAGGCCCUGGGCGGGUAUGUAUGGAAACUACAGUGUCCAGAUCAGUCCUUUCUCCAACCCACAUCAGUGCUACAGCUUCUGAAACAUUCACCAUACUUCAGCAGAGGAUGAGAAUAGUUGAGGAACAAACCAGUUCACUGAGGGAUGACCUAAUAAUAUUGGACUUUUGUGAAGAAAGAGGCCAGUUGGAAAUUCCAAGCUGUUUAGAAGACCUGGAGAGCCAGAAAGUCAUUAGUCCUAUCCAAAAUGAAGUAAUUUGUGCAGGAAAAACUGACAUUUUAUGGAAUAACUGUGAGUUUCUGGUAAAUCGAAUGUGCCGUCUUGAAAGCCUCGUUCAGGCCUUGAAGAUGAAUAUCUUUUGCCUGCAAACUGAAAAGGAUUUGAAUCCUCAGAAAACAGCUUUUCUGAAAGAUCGAUUGAAUACAAUACAGGAUGAGCAUUCUAAGGAUCUGAAGCUGUUGCGUCUCGAAGUUAUGAAUUUGCCCCAGCAACUGAGAGCUGUAAAAGAGGAAGAAGACAAGGCACAAGAGGAGGUGCAGAGGUUGACUACUACUCUGGAGAUUGCCUUGCAAACAAAGAAGAAUGCAGCUGUUGUUGAAGAGGAACUGAAGACCACAAAACGUAAAAUGAACCUAAAAAUUCAGGAGAUAAGACAAAAAGGUGGAGGGAGACAACUGGCUCAGGAGAAGUACCUUAGGGAGUCUUUAGAGAAAUCAGGAUCAGCCAUGCUCCUCAAAAUACAAGAAAUGGGAUCAACAGUGGAGGUAGAACGAAAACAGGUGCACAUUUUGCAGCAAAACUGCAUUGCUCUACGCGAUUCUAUACAGAGCACUCAAGAACUACUGUCCCAGGAACAGAAAAAAAAGGAGUUGGAGACUGCUACUUCACAGCUCAAAUCUGAUCUAAUUUCUAGAGAUGAUCUCAUAUCCAAAUUGGUUGAAGAAAAUAAGAACAUGUAGAUAUCUUUCAACAAGGAACACAAAGAAAAUGAAUAUUUGAGGUCUGAAAUAAUCUCUCUUCAUGAAGCAUCAGAAAAAGCACAAGUUUUAAGUGACCGAUUGACUAAAAAGUGUUCAGAGCUGAGCUGCAUGCUUCAGACUGUUAGUAUGGAGAAAGCCAGAAUCAUUGCUGAGCAUCAGGCCAUUCUGCAGGUAGAGCAGAAAAUGAUGACUCAGACAUUUCAAGAAUAAAACUUACUGCUGGAUGCAGCCCAUGCCAGUAUCACAAAUGAACUAUAGACCGUUCAGAAUGAGAAAACCCAACUCCAAGAACAUCUGGAUCAUUUAAUCCUUGAGCAUAACCAGUGUAUCCAGAAAGCACAGGAGGCUGAAAAGAGAACAUCUGUGUAAAAAGAGCUGCUAGAAUCAACUAUUGCAAGAUUGCGAGGUGAAUUGGAAGCAUCAGUGCAAGAGAAGAAGUUUCUGCUAGAGGAGAAAGAAAGAUUUCAGAGGGAGGUUAAUAAAACAGAAAAAGAAAAAGCACAAGAAAGAAGCAAUUUGGAAAAAGAAUUAGCUAAAAACAAGGUAGACAUAAACACAUUAACUCAGAACCUGCAGACUCUCGAAGAAGAGAAUAAGCAGCUGGUAGAUCAAAUGGCUUCCCUAGAACUUCAGCAAGUCACUUCUGAUUACCAUGGGCUUGUCCAACAGAAGGUGGAAAAUGUCUUGGGAAAAAUUACUGAUAGUAAAAAUAAACUGGCCUAUGAAAAGGGAAAGCUCCAGAUAAAAGUUAAACAGCUAGAAGAACAAGUACAGUCUUUUACUGACACCAGCUUACAGAAUGACCAACUACGAAAGUUGAAUAAGGCGCUAGAGGCCAAACAUGUUCAGGCAAACUCAGAACUCAGUGCCAAGAAGGUACACCUGCAACAGGCAGAUGCUCACCUGAAAGAGGUGAUAUCUAUUCUUGAAAGAAGUAAAGAGGAGCUGUCUCGAACAGUGAAUUGUCACAACGCAGCCCUGAAAGCGGACCUGGAGGCUAUGGAGGGCAGGGAAAACAAGAAGGUGGGAAACUUUCAGCGACAAUUGGCAGAGGCUAAAGAAGAUAACUGCAAAGUCACAAUCAUGUUGGAGAAUGUCCUGGCUUCUCACAGUAAGAUGCAAGGUGCUCUGGAGAAAGUACAAAUAGAGCUUGGGCAGAGGGAUUCAGAGAUUGCAGGCCUCAAGAAAGAAAGGGAUCUCAAUCAUCAGAGGGUGCAGAAGCUGGAAGCUGAAGUGGACCAGUGGCAGGCCAGGAUGCUUGUCAUGGAGGACCAGCAUAACAGUGAGAUUGAAUCUCUACAAAAAGCUCUAGAUAUAGCUAGAGAAGAUAACAGGAAACUGGCUAUGAGUCUGGAACAAGCUGUCCAGACAUAUAAUCAUCUGCAAACAAAGCUAGAUCAUAUGCAAGAGCAAUUAGAAAGCAAAGAACUUGAGCGACAGAAUUUGGAAAUCUUCAAAGAACGGAUGACUGAAGAGUCCAAAGUGGAAGCAGAAUUGCAUGCUGAACACAUAGAAGCUCUAAGAAAGCAGUUUCAAACUGAGAGAGAAACUGCAAAGAAAGUGGCACAACGGGAAGUGGCUGAGCUGAAGAAAGCCCUUGAUGAAGCUAACGUCAGAUCAGUGGAAGUGUCCCGGACCAACCGAGAGCUGCGACAGAAACUUGCAGAGCUAGAAAAAAUGCUAGAAAGUAACAAGGAGAAAAUAAAGAAUCAGAAGGCCCAAAUAAAGCUCCACUUGUCAACUAGGGCGAAUAAUGCUCAAAAUAUGGAAAGGAUGAAGCAAAUAGAAACAGAAUUGAAGGAAAUGGAGCUAAUUAAGGAUCAAUAUCAGAAAAAAAACUUUGAACAGUCUUUGAGUAUCCAGAGAUUUGUGUGUGAAAUGACUAACCUGCAGAAAGAGAUGCAGAUGUUGGCCAAGAGCCAAUAUGAUGCCUCAGUACGGAAUAAACAACAAGAGCAGCGCCUAGAAGCAGAGUGGAAAAUAAGGCAGGAGCUAGAGAAUCAGUGCCAGAAAUUAAAAGAAACUGUCAGGCACCUGAAGAAAUGUAAAGAGGCAACAGAGAAUAAACUGAAAGAAGCUAGUGUGGAAUCAGAACAGAUAACCGCUAAUCUGGAGCAAGCUCAUCGCUGGUUUAAGCACAGGUUUGAUGGUCUACAACUUGAGCUGACAAAAAACCGGUUGCAGAGGCCUUCUGGGGAAGACAGGUGUCAGGAAGAGGACCAAGAUGUAAGACAUGAUGUCAUGUCCAGCCAACGUGUUCUGCAUCGAUGGGAGAAAAAACAGAAUCUUAGGCCCAUGCCUAAGAAGUAUCAUUCUGAGGUACAGAGGAAGUAAUGUCCUUGACAAGGGUACUUCUUUAUGUAUAGCUCCACUCCAUGAUUCCACGAGCCUGGCAGCCAGGGCUGUCUGUUUCUACAGUCAUAAGAGCUUAAAGUCUUUGAUGUGGGCUGAAGAUUUCAGACCUGAGUUUAUAAUUUUAUGAACUCUUAUAUCAGUACAGAACUACUCCGGUUUUUUUUUUUUUUUUUGUCCCUUUUCACAUUUUCCACCCAAUAAAUUUAUAUUAGUUUGUUGAAUGAUAGGAGAUCGUGUUGCAUGAUUUUUGUCUGUUUUUCUAAUAAGUAUGUUUUAUGAAAAAGUUUUUAGCAAGGUUCUAAAUGAUAUUGCUACUAAAUGAUAUGAUACUUUGUUUCAAUGAUGUGUCCUACUCCAACAUGUAGUAGAAAAUUCCUGGAAAUAGAAUUGUGUGAAAAAUGGUAGAGUCCUUGCUGUCUUGUAAACUUAUUUCUGAGUUGGGUAAUUACCAGCAUAUCAUUUUUCUUUCUUUUCUUUUGAGAUGGAGUCUUGCUCUGUUGCCAAGCUGGUGUGCAGUGGCACAAUCUUGGCUCACUGCAGCCUCCACCUCCCAGGUUCAAGCAAUUUUCCUGCCUCAGCCUCCUGAGUAGCUGGAACUAUAGGCAUGCAGCACUACACUCAGCUAAUUUUUGUACUUUUAGUGAAGAUCGGUUUUCACCAUGUCGGCCAGGAUGGUCUUGAUCUCUUGACCUCGUGAUCUGCCCGCCUCGACCUCCCAAAGUGUUGGGAUUAAAGGCAUGAGCCACUGUGCCUGGCCCAGCAUUUCUUUUAAAAGGCUAAUAUCUCCUUUCUCAAAUAAGGCAUUUCAGAGAUUAUGUUUACAGCUUGCUUUGUCAUUUAAAAAGUUAUAGAAUGCAGCAGUCUGUUCUGCUCAGGGAGACUAUGCCUGACCAACAUAGCUCUUCCUUACUGUAAUUAAACAAUAAGUUCAGCUUUGUCUUUUUAUUUCAGAUGUUGAGUGGUAGAUUAGGUAAUCCAGAUUUGACAUAUGUAAGUGGAUGGCAUACCACCUGGCUUAAUUAAUACUCAAGUAAUCAUGGCUGCUGCUGCUAUUAUCAGGACUUAAAUCAAGUAAGCAAUCAUGAAACUGGAAAUAAUAUCAAAUAUAAGACUGUCAAAGGUUGAUGAGCCUACCACUCAAUAUCUGAUAUAAAAGAGAAAGCUGAUUUUAUUGCUUAUUAUAUAGUAAGGGAGAACCUGUUGUUCAGGCAUAGUCCUUGAGCAGAGCAGACUGUUAAUCUCAUAUAGAUUUUUUGGAAAUAAUGGAAUUCAUAUCAAAAUCUGUAGAGUGUGGUUACUAGAGUGAGACUAUUUAUUGAUCAUAUUCAGAAACAUGUAAAUGGGAGUGGGUCCAUUUCUGUUUAACCUUAGGAAUAAAGGACUCUCACUGGUU